GACUGUCCUGUCCUGCUCGGGAUAAUGGGGGAGUAGGGUCUCUCCUGGUAGAAAGCGUCCUUCGGCUGUGAGGACGGCCUCACUCUCGCGAUACUCACUCUUCUCGCGCGGCUCUCAGCCUAGACUGGCGCACGCCGGGACUGGAGCAGUGAGGUUCCUUAUGGAUCUGAACAGUGCCAGCAGCGUCGUACUUCAGGUCCUGACCCAGGCAAGCAGCCAAGAUUCGGCAGUUCUGAAGCCGGCCGAGGAGCAGCUCAAGCAGUGGGAGACCCAGCCUGGCUUCUACAGCGUCCUCUUGAAUAUCUUCACAAAUCAUUCCCUGGAUGUCAAUGUCCGGUGGUUGGCCGUGCUCUACUUUAAGAAUGGGAUUGAUCGCUACUGGAGGAGGGUGGCCCCAAAUGCAAUUUCAGAAGCGGAGAAAUCAACAUUGCGCGCAGGACUCAUCGCCAACUUCAGUGAGCCAGUAAAUCAGAUUGCCACCCAGAUAGCUGUUCUUACUGCUAAGGUUGCACGGCUGGACUGUCCCAAGCAGUGGCCCGAACUGAUUCCUACUCUGAUUGAAUCGGUAAAGGUUCAAGAUGAUCUGAGACAGCACCGAGCGCUACUCACCUUUUAUCAUGUGACCAAGACCUUGUCUUCUAAACGGCUCGCUGCAGACAGAAAACUAUUUCAAGAUCUGGCCGCGGAGAUCUACAGUUUUGCUUGCUGCCUCUGGAAUCAUCACGCGGACACAUUCCUGCAGCAGAUCUGCUCUGAAGGGGACCCGGCCGCCGUCAGCUCCUUAGAAAGAUCCUCACUGUCACUGAAAGUGCUUCGUAAGUUGACUGUCCAUGGGUUCGCUGAUCCUCUCCAGAAUGCAGAAGUCAUGGGAUUUCUUCAUGCCAUAUUUGACCGUGUGAGACACUUUUUGGAAUGCAGCCGAGGUGUCCGAGCCGAGCAUCCGUGCCGGGAGAGACUGGAGAAGGUUGUCAUAUUAUUCACUAAAGUGCUUUUAGAUUUUCUGGACCAGCAUCCAUUUGCAUUCAUUCCCUUAAUCCAGCGAGCGCUGGAGUUUGCAGUCAGCUACGUUUUCACAGAGGCCGGGGAUGGAAUUGUGUUCGAGCGUUUCAUAGUUCAGUGCAUGAGUCUCAUCAAGAUGAUUGUAAAGAACGAUUCCUUCAAGCCAUCUAAAAACUUUGAAGACAGCAAGCCAGAAACCAUCAGUGCGCACCAAAUAAAAAUGUCUUUCUUCACGUAUCCGACGCUGAUGGAGAUAUGUCACAGGCUGGUCACACAUUACUUCCUUCUCAGCGAAGAAGAACGGGCAAUGUGGGAGGAGGAUCCCGAGGGCUUCGCCGUAGAGGAGAGUGGUGGAGACUCGUGGAAGUACAGUCUGCGGCCUUGUUCAGAAGUUCUGUUCAUGGACAUUUUCCAUGAAUAUAGCCAGAUUCUUACACCCGUGCUCUUAGACAUGGUUCACACCCUCCAAGGUCCCACUCCGUUAGAAGACUUAAAUGCGAUACUUAUUAAAGAAACUGUUUACAAUGCUGUAGGACUGACUGCAUAUGAAUUAUUUGAUACCGUGGACUUCGAUGAAUGGUUUAAAAGUCAGCUGCUAGGAGAACUGCAAAUUACCCACGAUAGGUACAAGUUGUUAAGGAGGAGAGUCAUCUGGUUGAUCGGACAAUGGGUUUCUGUAAAAUUCAAAGCUGAUUUGAGACCUUCACUCUAUCAAGCAAUUCUCCAAUUGCUUCAAGAUCACGACUUGGUUGUUCGCAUUGAGACGGCUACAACCUUGAAGCUGGCAGUUGAUGAUUUUGAGUUCAUGACGGAGCAUUUUUUGCCGUACUUGGAGUCCAUCUUCAGUCUGCUUUUCCAGCUUCUUCAGCAAGUUACAGAAUGCGACUCAAAGAUGCAGAUCCUCCAUGUACUGUCCUGUGUUAUUGAAAGGGUUAAUAUGCAGAUUCGGCCUUUUGUUGGCUGUCUUGUACAGUAUUUACCUCUACUGUGGAAGCAAAGCGAAGAACACAAUAUGUUGCGAUGCGCCAUUCUGACUACGUUAAUUCACCUGGUUAAGGGCUUAGGUGGAGACAGCCGGAAUUUAUAUCCAUUCCUGCUUCCUGUAAUUCAGCUGAGCACGGACGUUUCACAGCCACCGCACAUAUACCUCCUGGAAGAUGGCCUGGAACUGUGGUUAGUGACACUGGAGAAUUGUCUAUCCAUUACGCCGGAGCUGCUGAAGAUUUUUCAGAACAUGUCUGCCCUCCUAGAAUUAAGUUCAGAAAACCUCCGCAUCUGCUUCAAGAUCAUCAACGCUUACUUUCUCUUUGAUUCCUCCGAAUUUCUUCAGGUAUAUGGAGCCGGCCUCUGCCUGUCUUUUCUGGAAGUCCUGAAAGAUAUAACCAUGGAAGGUCAAGUUCAAGUCCUGAAGGUUGUGGAGAAUGCUCUCAUGGUGAAUCCAGAUGUCUGCCCACAGAUAUUUCAUGCUUUGCUGCCACCAGUUUUCAGAGGCAUUCUUGAUGGAAAUAAGUUUUCAGAGAGAUAUCCAGUUGUUAUGGCUACAUACCUUGGUGUCUUUGGACGUGUCCUUCUGCAGAACCAAGCUUGCUUUUCCUCAUUAUUAAAUCAGAUGGCCCAGGAAUACAGUCAAGAGGCCGACCAGAUUCUUGGAAAUAUGAUUGAAAUGUGGGUGGAUAGGAUGGACAACAUUACACAGCCAGAGAGGCGGAAGCUCUCUGCUCUCGCUUUGGUUUCUUUGCUGCCCACAGUUAACAGUGUUAUUCAAGACAAGUUCUGUGGAGUCAUCAAUAUCUGCGUGGAAAGUCUUCAUGAUGUAAUGACGGAAGAUCCGGAAACAAAUUCUUACAAGGAUUGUCUGUUAAUGUCACAAAAUGAACCCCAAGACAUUCAGGUGAAUGGGGAUGAAGAGCCUCCAACUGAACAGGAUAAGAGGAAAAGAACGAUUGCUUUGAGAGACCCAGUCCAUGCAGUAUCACUCCAGCAGUUUGUCUAUGAGAAACUGAAGGCCCAGCAAGUAUUAAUGGGAGAUGAAGGAUUCCAGUCACUGAUGGAAACGGUAGACACUGAAAUAGUGAAGCAGCUGCAGGAGUUUCUACAAGGAUUCUAAAAAAUAUACAAAGAGAAUUUGUAACAAAAUCAUAUGACAAGGGGUCACUUUAAUAAAUAUGACUUUUUGCAAAGUUGUUGUUUCAUUGGGA